AUGUCGGGCCACGCCCGCCAGAGUUUUCGCGCAAACCCACUCACACCGUUCAGCGGUAUACCCGGGGUGGUCGAGAACUUGCGGUCGCGCGUGGACAUCAGCGUUGCGCAUGAAUUGGAACGCAUCAAGUACAGCUCCUUCCGGCUCACGGACAACGAGAUCGUGCAGAUGGAUGUUGUCCCGCCCGACGUUCCGCGCUCGGCGAGUGCACGCAAGUGGGUGAACGACAACAUCGAGAGGAUCGUCGACGUGGUCCACAGACUCGGGCUCCGCCAGGCCGUCGUCCUCAGCGGGGGACUCCUCGGACUCCAGGCCGCCACAGCCGUGCACGACCUCCCCACCGUAUCACCCGUCGCGAUCGUGCACCGCUCCCACCAGCCGCUCUCGCGCCAACUCGACGCCCAGGGCGGCGACAUCGUCCGCCGGCGGAUCGAGGGCAUGUGCGUGCGCUUUCUCGGUGGGACCUUCGCCGUCCGCGUCUACACCUCCUCCCCUCGGAAUCCGACUCCGUGGGCGCGCGUGAUAGGCGUCGAGCUCGCGGACGGCACGACGGAGCCAUGCGACCUCGCGUCUUCCCUUGACGCACGUGUUGCUCUGCAGGACGGCCUCGUCGCCGCCGUCGGGAGCCUCCCCGCGCUCCGGGUGCUCGUCGUCGGCAUCUUGUGCUACCUCGUCGCGGACCCCCGGUGCGCGGCCGAGACGUUCAUACGCGCCCUCGACCUGGACGCGUUCGCGCGCCGGCUGUGCGGCGCGUGCCCCACCCUGCAGACGGAAGGACUCUCUGUGGAAUCACGCGACAUGGAGCGUGAAGCUGAGGAGGUUGUCGGCGAUGGUGCUGUGCAGGACGAGUUGCGGUCCUCGCGAGGGUAA